CAUAAAUGGUAAAAAAUUUGUACAAUAUUAAGCUACUUAUAUCUAAAAUGCACAUAAAUGAAUAAACUGAAUAUAAUUGACAUUAAUUGUAUUGGAUUAUCACAAAAAAUUACAUUAAUGAUAUUAUAAAUGUUUAAUAUGCCACCUUGGCUAGUAAUAAUAUUUCAACCGCAAACAAAAAUGGAUACUUCAAAUAAUCGAUUAAGAAAAGAUUUAUUAUCAUCAUUAUUAUCUUCAUCAUCAUCAGCAUCAUUAACAAUAUUUAAAUUAAAUAAUUUAGUUUUAAUUAUAGCAUUAUUAUCAAUAUUAUUAUUUAAUUGUACUUUAUGUAAUGGAUUACCUUGCCAAUCAAAUAGCUGGUGGGAUUCAUUAAAUAAUCAAUGCAUUCCUUGUACAGAAUGUAAUGAAAGUGAAACAAUUGUAUUAAGACCAUGUCAAGUACAUCAAGAUACAAUAUGUGGUUCAAUACAUGAUUUAGAAAUUGAUUAUGUAUUUUCAGCUAAAACAGAAUCAAAUUGGAAAGAUAGACGAAAGGAUGGUGAAAUUAUUAGGCAAGAUUAUAAUAAAAAUAAUAAUGAAAAUUUAUCAAAUUUAAAAUUAGAAGAUGAAGAAUUAGAAGAUUGGUGGGAAAUGUUCUUAAUAGCAAUUAUUAUUAUAUUUUUAUUAUUUUUUAUAUUUGUUGCUUAUUUAUCAUUUCAUCAUAUGAGACGAUGGCGACAAAUCGAAAGACGAUUAGAUAGAGAUGUUGAAGAACUGUCAGCUAAAUUAAUGGCUAAAUUGGCUAAUGUACAAAAUAUCGAAAAUGGAAAUUUUAUAAUUGAAAAUCCAAUAAGAGAUGCAAAUGUUCGACCAGUACAAGUACAUUGUGUCGUAUUAGAUAAUUUUUUUGCUGAAAAAAAUCAUAUUGGUUUACAACAUCCUGGUAAUUUAUAUAUCGAAGAAACGAAUACAAAAUAGUUUAUUAUAUAAGUGUAUAUACUUACACAUACAAUCGUAUAUAUAAUAAGAAUUAUUAUCAUUAAUAUAAUGAUUUAGAUUAAAAACAAGUAAAAAACGAUUAAUUUUAUUUUUAUAUAUAUACAUACAAACGUACCUAUAAAAAUAAGUAAAAUUAUGUUAUAACUGUAUUGUAUUAUACAUAUAUAAGAGACUAUUUAAAACUAAAUUUUAAAAAUAUUAAAAUUAUAAAUUCUUAGAAAUUUUCGAAUUGUUUUGAAAAGUUUAUUCAAGAAUUAAUCGACCAUAAUUAUUAAAUGUAUAGUUUAUUUUUAUUUAAUUUUGUAAUUUUUAAGAAAAUCUCUUUGAUUUCACUGAAAUAUACAUAAGGCAUUUUCAUAAACGCAGUAUGCCAAAAUGUAGUGGAGGCUGAAAAUAUAGCGAAAAUAUAUAGUGCUAUGUUUGUGUUCAUACACAAAAAAUGUUGCUAACAUGACUAAAUUUUUGAAAUAUAAUAGCAAAAUUAUUAUUUGUAGCACAUUUAAAUCAUAUGAAUUGUUCUGAUUUUGUAGAACACUUGAAAAUAUAUUGCAUAUUUAUCAGAUUAUGUUUUUGCAGUUAUUGUUUUGCAGUAUUGCGUUCAUAAAAAUCUCUAUAAGAGCAUGUUCUAAAAUGAAAAUUUAUUGUCAACUUGACUAUUUUAAUAUGAAUACAAUUUUAAUUCCUGAUGAAUAAAGUACAGUUGGCAAAUUAAUUUUACAUUUGGGUAAAUAUGCCUUCUUAAUUUUUAGAUAAAUUUAUAAGAUCAUUAAAUUCAUUUAAGGAACGAACGAAUAUAAUACAUAAUUUGAAUAUGAUAUCUAUUUUAUUCAAAUAUAUUAAUGAUAUAAAUAGUUUUAAAAUAGAUACAAAAUUUAUAACAUAUAAAACGAAUAUACUGCUUUGGUAAAUGCGUUCUCUGAGCAGUAUAAUUUAAAUUCAAAUUUUUAAUUUUUUAAAAAUAUCACAUAUUAUAUAGAAUUAUGAAGCUAAAAUCGUUUUACAACAAUUCAAAAUUAAAAAUACUUAAAAUUUCGUUAUUUAAUUAAUGUAAACUUUAUAUUAAUUAACAGUAUUUAUAUCAUAAAUUUAGUAU